AAAGCCGAACAUUAUUUUAAACUAAUGGUUAAAAGUGGCUUAAGUCCUAGCCUCAACAUCCACAGAUUUAUGCUUACUCUCUAUGAGGACAGCCCUCUUCAAGUUAAAAAGAUAUUUAACGAAUUAAAGCGGAAUGGAGUUAAGCCUAAUGAGGCUAUAUACAACCUUGUCUUGAAUAUUCUGGCUAGAAACUUUGACUGUAAAUCCGCUUUUCAAGUUUAUGAAGAGAUGCUCCAUAGGAAGUGUAGAAUAGCAGUUCCUAAUUAUAUUCUCUUAAUUGAGGCUCACAGAUAUCAAACAGAAAGGGCAGAGCUUUUGUUUACGGCUUUUAAAAGUAGUGUUUUGAAAAGUUCUGAGCAUGAUGGUGAAGACGCUGCUAAGAAGACCCGGGCUCCGACGGCAGCCUAUAACGCCUUAUUGUCUGCCUACUCAACCGCAGCAAUGCAUGACAAGUGCGAGGCUCUGUACAGCGAAAUGCUGGAGAGCGGCAUCUGGCCUAACGUCUCUACUUAUGCACUGCUUAUCGGCAGUCUAAAAGAGAAAUGCGACGUGUAUAAAGCGAGAGAAUACUUCUUGGACAUGAUAAAUAGGAAUAUCAAACCUACAAUGAAUGUGUACAAAACUUUGUUUAAGAUACACGCCGAAGCACCAGAGAACACUUUGGCCAACGCACUAUAUGACUCGCUAAUUGAGAGCGGAGACUUCCAGCAACCGAUCGAUAAAGAGAUACUGAAGUUAUUAAUUCUAGCAAAUAGUCGCUGCGGUGACUACGCUAAGGCCACUGCCUAUAAAAACUUGUAUGAUAACCUCCAAGACGGGGGGGUUAAUAACGGAAAAGGUCUAGACGAGGAGGUCAUAGAGGCUUUAAUGUUCGCCGCGUCACGCAACAUAGAGGGCGAAAUGGAGAUGCUUAAUUACUUUGAGAAACUGCACGAGAAGUCUGCCUACAGUUACGAAAUAAUUAUACAAUACUACAUCAACAAGCAAAACUUGAAUAAAGCUAAAGAAUACUACUUGAGAAUGACGAUAAUUGGUUUUGAAUGCUCUUGGCAAGUUCGAAAGUACUUUAGUGAAUCGACGUUGUAA